AUGACGAGAAAAUCAGUCGGAAGAGGGCUCGAUCUCAACGCUCGUUAUCAACUUAUCGAAAACAUACGAACGCUAAAAAUCAUUAUACCAGCAAUAGUACUAGACUCAAUGCUUACCGCCGUCGAUCUUGCUUCCGAAUAUAUAUUUUCGGUACCGUAUUUUGUUGAAAAUAAUCGGUGUCGUGACAAUACUUAUAUGUUGAAAUUCAUCGUCAUCAAAGCGGUUCAUAUAGCAGUCGAAGCUGCCAUUCCCUCGUGGAUAUUUUACUCCCAUCCUCACUUGAAAAGAACCAAUACGUCUUCGACAACAAUUUUUGUGGGACGAUCAGGGCCAGUCAUCACAAACGUAUUCGGGGAGAAUGUUGGUGAUGCGAAACAAGAAGAAACGUACGAAACCGUUUUGAGUCGAAUGUGGAACCCACAAAAUAAUAUGUCUGCUUAUUAAUUAAAUCGGC